GGGUGUCAUGUGCCUGUGACGUCGCCAUUGCCGCAUUACCAGAGCUGACCGCGUGUUUCGCGUCGCUGAGAAGACUCCCUCUUGGUGUUGUGCCUCGUGAGUUCGUCUGUCAGUAGCCACGGUGUCGUCGACGGAGACCUUUGUCCACCCUGGCGUCCGCAUGGGGGCCCAUUGCUCCAAGAAAGACGGCAACGAGGAACUGGUACACCAUAGAGCCUGCAUAGAGUACUCGCGAGUGGUAAGGACGGCACGGGUGGGAGGGAGGGAGGGGUGAGGGAUACGAUGCAGGCGGUAGGAGAGGGUGGUCACCAUGGCCUGGCUUGGCUUGGCUUGGCUGUGCGUGUUGCGUGUUGUGUUGUGUUGUGUUGUGCAGCACCACCGACCGAUUCAGGAUGACUACGCGUUUUGUGACAAGGUGCUGGGCACGGGAUUCUCAGGUACGUGCCGCACGCACACUGCCACACACUGCCGCACACACACAAUGGGCGCGGCGCGCACUCGCGCUUUCUCAUUUGGGCCUCCAUGUCUGUCUAUGUGGUUGGAUUGUGUGUGUAGGUCCCGUUCGCCUGGCUGUCAAUCGCACGACCAACAAGCGCUACGCUGUCAAGCCCUUCAACAAGAAGGCCGCCAACAAGGAAAGGGUCAGCAAGCGUGCCUGCCUGCACGUGACACGGUCUGUGCCCACCGCUGCCCGUGUUGCGUUCGUGUCUCUGUGAAUAGAUUGACUUGUUGAAGAACGAGGCCGAGAUCUAUUUGCACCUGGACCACCCCAACAUAGCCCGCCUGAUCGACAUCUAUGAGGACAGCAAAAACGUGUGGAUGGUCAUGGAAUACUGCUCGGGUACGUUGCGCUGACGGACACAGCAAACAGCCACAGCCACAGCCACACACUGUGGAGGUCUGCCGUGUCGCAAGACAAGACGUCCAUCGGUUCCUCCCUCCCUCCCUCCCUCCCUGUGUGUGUGUGUGUGUGUGUGUGUGUGUGUAGGGAAGGAGCUGUACCAGCGGUUGAACGAGAAGCACGUGUACAAGGAGCAGGACGCCGCCGAGGUCACCUUCCAGAUGCUGGAGGCCGUCCACUACCUACACGCACACAACGUUGUCCACAGGUGCGUGGCGUACAUUGCAUCCACAAUCACAUCACGGACAUGGCAUGGCCCCAUCCCAUCCAUGUGUGUCUGUCUGUCUGUCUGUGUGUCUGUCUGUCGGUGUGUGGUGAUGGUGACUGACGAUCCAUCAGAGAUUUGAAGUUGGAGAAUUGGUUGUAUGAGGACCCUUCGGAGCACGCGAGGCUCAAGCUCAUCGACUUCGGCUUCUCCAAGAUAUGGAACCCCAGGAACUCCAAAAAGAUGCACGCAACCUGCGGGUCGCUCGCCUACGUCAGCCCUGGUCAGUGAGGGAAAGGAUGGAUGAUGACGGGUCGAUUCGAUUGGCACUCAGGCACUGCACUUAGUGGCCUGGCCCUGUGUCUGGUGUGAUUGUGUCGAUCAGAUACGUUGUCCGGUUCCUACACCAAUGCGUGCGACAUGUGGUCGCUGGGGGUCAUCGGUCAGUCAACGACACACGCCCAUCCCAUCCAUCCAUCAGAUCAGACCAACACUACAGACAAGUGAAAGUGCAUUCAUUGUUGCGUGUCGUGUCGUGUCGUGUCGUGUUGUCUUGACGCAUCGCAUCCAUCCAUCAGUGUACAUGUUGCUGGUGGGUUACCCGCCCUUCUACGGCACGGAGGCCCAGAUCCUCGACAGAAUAGCCAAGGCACAGUACUCCAUGUCGGGAUCAAGGUGCGCUCCACUCCACACACAGAACACUUGAAUCGAUCAUCCGUCGGUCUCCGUGUGUUGGGUGAUGUGGUGUGAUGUUGGUCCAUUAACUCAAUUAGGUGGGAGCGCGUGUCGCCUCAGGCGAAGAACUUCGUCAGCCGUCUGCUCCAGAGGAACCCACAGUGAGUCGAGUGCAUCAGUGAAGGGAAGGAAGUAGAGCAUGUCAUCGUUCCCUGCCUGUCCUGUGGGUGAUGGACUGUGUGUGAUGUGUGUCAGGAAGCGCAUGUCUGCCAAGGAGGCUCUCGAACACGUAGGCGGGCGGGAGGGAGGGCAGCGCGCCGGUAUGUCGGCAUGCAUGUCUUCGUUCCCCUCCGGUGCGUGUGUAUGUGUGCAGCCGUGGAUCACGCAUCGCGUGCGUCUGCCCGAGGUGCACAUGGACAGAAACGUCCUCAAGAGGUCUGUAGCUCACUGGCCAAGACACUCAGCCACACACACGGGGGGUGGAGCACAGCACGUGUGGAUGUAUGUGUGUAUAUGUAUUGUGUCGAUCGGAUCGAUCAGCAUGAAGUCGUUUGCCGUGGCGACUCAUCUGAAGCGGGCCGCUCUCACCAUGAUGGCCUACUGCCUCACGUCGGCGGAGAUUCACGGUAUGUCAGUCGGUGGAAUGGAACAACAGACACACACCCCACCGUCAGUCCAGUCACCACACAAAGCUCCGCUCCUUGUCCAUGUGAUUGAUUGAUGCCCCUGUGCUGUGUGUGUCGGUUGUUCAGAGUUGACUGACAUGUUUUUGCAGUUCGACAAGAGCCAGGCAGGUUCGAUAACGCUGCGUGACUUCAUGGACGUCAUGACAUCCAACUUCGACCUCUCCAGCGAAGAGGUGCGGCACACGCCACACACACACACACACACUCAGAGAGACGGCAACAUGUGUCUGCUCUGGUGUGGUGUGCAGAUAGAGAAGUUGUUUCAUUCGCUGGAGACGCAGCACGAUAAGGUCAACGACGGCGACGCCGAACACCCACACGAAGUCUGCUAUAGCGGUACGGAUGCAUCAGUCCCAUCUACAACACACACAGAGCCACAUAGACAGACAGACAUGUGUGUGUUGUGUGUUGUGUGUUGUCGAUGGGUUCAGAUUUCAUCGCAGCGAUGCUUCAGCAGCGCGUCAAGCUCCACGAGGACCUCAUCCGCGAGGCCUUCCACAGAUUCGAUACCGACCAGUCUGGUAAACUAAACGAGACCACCAACCGCCCCCUGCCUGCAGGCACACACGCACCGCACGCGUGACGUCUCUUUAUUCAUUGUGUGUCAGGUUACAUUACGUCCGACAACUUGCGUGAGGUGCUGGGUCUCUCAUACGAGGGCGAGGAGAUCGAGGCCAUCAUCCGAGUGGCUGACAAAGACGGAGACGGACAAAUCGGUACGUAACACGCACGCGCACCUGCAAGCAAGCCGCCCACCGACGACUCGUAUGGGUGGUUGCUUGGUUGGUUGGCUGUAUGUGUGCAUUGCAUUGCAUUGGAUGCCAUGCAGACUAUGAGGAGUUCCUGGCUGCGGUGGUUCACGAGCCUGACCUCUUCUCCGAGGCGGGAGAUGAGAGCCCAGCAAAAAGCGUAAGCCACGCCCUCACCAUACCCCACCCACACGAGCGUCCAAUCCGACCCCACUCAUGUCUGUAUGUUUGAUCCCAUCUGGUCGAUCAGUUGCGCGGGUCUGUGGAUGACGCGAAGAAGCUCAAGACUCUGGUGAACCUGGUGGACGUGCAGGUGGCCCAGGUGCCCGGCGACACGAGGCUGCAGAACCUCGCCGCCAUGCUGAGGUUAGCACAGCACGACCAGACAGUCGACAAGAGCAGGCCAGUCAGAGCUAGGACCCAGCCGCUUCCCGCUUUGCAUGGGAGCAGUAGUAGCGAUAAGUCUGGCAGUGCUGGUGGUGGUGGUGGCUUGGGGGGGAGAAGGGGGGAGGGGGAUAGUCAGAGGAGGGUGUCGUCGCUCGGCGAGGGGUACGUCUGCUUCCCUCCUCCUCCUGAGAGAGAGAUCGAGCCAAAGUUUCAGAAGUUUAAAGAUGAGAGUGCUGACGACGACAGCAACUCCGAGUGACAGACAGACAGACAGGCAGACAGCGUCUUUCUCGUGAGUGAUUUUGGUUUUGGUUGUACCCUCCCUAGCAAGGCAGGGACGAGGACGUGUGUGUUUGUGGUCCGAUCCGUCAAUGCGACGAUGCAUUGCACUUCAUGGACACACACAUACAUGCGUGUGUGCAUGUCGGAACGAACACGUCUCUUGACCACCCUCUCCCCGGGGCUCUGGCUGGCUGGGGGUGUCACCUCUCCUCGCUCUCUCCUUUCCCUGUCUCACGCUUCGCAUCUUGUCCACGCACACACUCUUUCUCCAUCCAUCCAUCCAUCCCGCUCGGUGAGUCCGUCGUGUUGUCACUCACCAACGGGAUGUGAUAGGAUGAGAUAGGCCUGCCUGCCUGCUUUUAGCUAUGCCUGCUCUGUUGCCUGCCUGCCUCACUGCCUGUGUUUUUGCCCCAAUUGGCCAUCCCCUUCUCUCUCCCUCUGCUGCCGUGUGUGUGUGUCUGUUGUGUCUCAGGAACUCCACCCGCUCAUCUCCCGAGAUCCUCAAGCGGCCCCUCAACCGCCGCACAUCCUACUCGGCGCGCGAGCUGCCCUUCCCCCUGGCCAUCAUGGCCAACCGGAGCCGCAACGCCCUCAACAGCGUCCGGUCGCCGUCCACCACGGCCAGCUCCAAGGACAACAAGGCGGCCGAGAAGGACACCACCCCCCUCACCAAGGCGGCACGCACCCCUCUCACCUCGACCCUGGCGCCCUUCCCCGAGCACCCCCCCGUCGGCCCAUCGCGCGGCACAUCUCAGACGACGGACCGCACCCACCAUGUCGGCGGCAGCAACGGGUCGGCGAGCGGAUCGGAGAAGUCCUUUGAGUGCUCGGCUUCGGCUUCGGCCACUGCUGCCGCCAAUGGUGGUGGUUGCGGGAGUGGUGCAAAGGAGCGGUGUUACGAUGACAUGGUGCACAGCUAUGUGGAGAAGUACGAGGAGCAGCAGCGGCUGAAGAGUUGACGGCUGGCUGACACAAGACUUGAUGAUACAGUGUUGUGUCGUUCUAGUAGUAGUGGG